GUGUCAAGUGUGCAGUUUUAGAGAAAAGCAGGACUUUUUCUAAACAUCCCCAGGCACAUUUCAUCAACAAUCGAUCUAUGGAGGUGUUCCGCAAAUUAGAUGGACUAGCAGAGGACAUCCAAAGGUCCCAACCACCAGUAGAUUUGUGGAGAAAAUUUAUAUAUUGCACAUCACUUUAUGGUUCUAUCCUUGGGUCAGUAGACCACAUGCAACCUCAAGAUCUUGAGCAAGUAGUUAGCCCAGUCUCUGUUGCUCAUUUCUCACAGUACAAACUGACCAGUUUGCUUCUAAAGAAGCUUGAUAACCUCAAUUUCCAAGUUCGGACUAGUGAAAAUUUGGGAGGUCUUGAUCACAGGCCAGUUAGGGAAAAGGAGAUAUUAAUGGGGCAUGAAUGCGUAUCGGUUGAUUCCACCGAUAAUUGCGUUAAAGUCACUGUAUCUUUUCUGAAUGAAGGGCAAUAUACGGAGAGAACUAUGCAUUGCAGUAUCCUUGUUGGUGCAGAUGGUGCUGGAAGUACAGUGAGAAACCUUGUAGGAAUUAAUUUGAGAGGAGAAAAGGACUUGCAAAAGCUUGUCAGUGUUCAUUUCUCAAGUCGAGAGCUUGGGCAUUACCUACUCAAUGAGAGACCCGGUAUGCUAUUCUUUAUUUUUAAUACUGAAGCUAUAGGGGUUCUUGUUGCUCAUGAUCUCAAGGAAGGGGAAUUUGUAUUACAGAUACCUUUCUAUCCUCCUCAGCAGAAGCUCGAGGAUUUCACCUCUGAGAUCUGUGAGAGGUUAAUCUUCGAAUUGGUUGGCCAAGCGCUUGCAGACAUAGAUGUGAUUGACAUAAAACCAUGGGUGAUGCAUGCUGAAGUUGCUGAGAAGUAUAUGUCAUGUGACAACCGAAUAAUACUUGCCGGUGAUGCUGCUCAUCGUUUUCCUCCAGCUGGUGGUUUUGGAAUGAAUACUGGUAUUCAGGAUGCCCAUAAUCUUGCCUGGAAGUUGGCUUCUGUUGUCAAAGGCAUUUCUCCAUAUUCAAUUCUUCAGACGUAUGAAAUGGAACGCCGGCCGAUUGCCCUUUUUAAUACGGCACUUAGCGUCCAAAAUUUUAGAGCAGCCAUGGCAGUACCAGCUGCACUUGGUCUUGAUCCAACUAUUGCAAACUCAGUCCAUCGAGUUAUUAACCGUGGGGUUGGUUCCUUACUACCAUAUGGACUACAGAAAGGAAUUCUAGAUGGAAUUUUCACAAUAGGUCGUGCACAGCUAUCAGGUUUUGUUUUGAAUGAGAACAACCCCCUUGGAUCUUCGAGGCUUGCUAAACUAAAGCGUAUAUUUGAAGAAGGAAAGAGUCUUCAGCUUCAGUUCCCUGCUGAGGAUCUCGGUUUCAGGUACCUUAAAGGAGCACUUGUUCCCAACAAAGUUAGCACCUGGGAUGUACCGGAAACACCAACAGGUCGUAGGCGGGAUUAUGUUCCCUCUGCAGAUCCAGGAUCAAGGUUGCCUCAUAUGACUGUUAGGGCAUCAUUGAACCCGCCAAGUGAGGUGACAAUUUCUACACUCAAUCUUGUAUCUGAAGACAAACUCGAGUUCCUUCUCAUUAUAGCACCAGUGGAGUCAUCUUACCGUCUAGCUCACGCUGCGUUCAAGGUGGCAGAGGAAUUCAAAGUUUCUGCCAGAGCCUGCGUGAUGUGGCCACAUGGUGUCGGUAAUGGAGCUGAAGUAGGAAGCGAGGCUGCAUUGAAGCCAUGGGAGAAUUACAUAGAUGUCGUGGAAGUUAAGCAGACGUCAACAUCAUUGUCCUGGUGGGAUAUCUGUCAGAUGACAGACAGAGGAGCUAUCCUAGUUAGGCCCGACGAGCAUAUCGCAUGGCGAGUGAAGUCAAGAGUUGUUGGUGAUCCGACUUCAGAGAUGAGAAGAGUUUUCUCCAUCAUUCUUGGAGUAGUGUCCACUCAAAUAUAGGCAUCUGCGUUCAAUUUUAUUUGUUUAUUUUUUUGUUGAAGCAACCGACUCAUUCAAUUUGAAAUGAUUUUAUUGGUAGUUUCAUCAUCCUCUUUAGUAGCAGAUACAGAGGCUCUGUAUCUUUCAGUAUAGCUGUGUGUUGUCUUAAAAUUUGUAGCAGUUUGUAUGCAACCAAGUUGCUAUGA